CGGCUCGAAACGUUAUCGGAUAUGGCCAAGAAUCGUAAUCAAUGGCGAACGUGUUGCAAUUUCCUUCUUUCUUCCCUUCCUGAUGAUAGUUGACGAAAACUGCUUGAACUUGUUAAACAUGACUGUUUUCCUUCCAGAUGAAGUUCUUUAUCCGUUCUUUACUUAAAUUUUCACUUUUAAUCUAUGUUGUUUUAUUAUUAUUGUGUGGUGCAUCUUUCUUGGUGCCAUAUUGUACCAAGUUUUUCUGCAUUCAAACAAUAAUAAUAAGUUUGCAUUUCUAAGAUUUUAUUACUGAUUCUGCCGAAGCUUACUUAUUCGUAACAGAAUGAAGUCCACCGAGUUUAUUGCUGAUCCAACGUUUCUAGUUGUCCUUUGACAAUGGACGUUCAACGGGUUUUGAAACCGCUUUCUUAGCCUACCAGGGUUAUGCCACCGAAAAAUCAUCCACCUCGCCUUGUAUUUGAUGUUCCUUCGAACGAUUCGAACUGGCUGAAUGACGAUUUUAUGUUUACUACAAAGCCAUCAGUUGAUUUCAGAGCAGCAAAUGAUUCAACUAGAAUAGACUUGAACAAAGGUGAUUCACGUUUAACACCAGCAACAUUUGUUAGCUAUGCACCGUCAGCAGGAUAUGGUGAACCACUACCCUGGGAUAUCGUUGACUGGCAAUUGAAUAAUGAUGGAUUUGAAAAGUUAUGGAGUAGUCAAAACUCAAAUGUAAUUCCAAGUAUAUCUGCGAGUAUCAAAGCAACUAUCGACCCUACAGAUAUACUUGUUGAUGCUGUUCAUAAUUUCCAUCCUAAUUAUCGUCAUUAUACUCAGGUAAUCUUUCAUCGGAUUAUGCUACCAUCCUGUGCUUGCAUAUGCCGAAACAGAGAAUCAAUAAUGAAAUGUGAUAAACACUCGGACUUCUAAUUCCUAAUGAUUAGAUUGUUUUAGAAACAUUGUCAAAAGUUGUCUUGCGACCCAGCUACUCAGUGCAAGAUUUUUAAUCUUCUAAACUAAAUUGAGAUGAAUCACAAUAAUCGCUGGUUUCUUAGAGUGACUUCGAAACCACCUGUUUCGACACUGCUUACUUUUGUUUGGGUUACCGGAUUGUAUUCUCAUGUCUUACAAAAACAUUUUGUGUGCCA